AUGUACCUCAAGAUUGUACAGGCAGUUGCGGACCAUGACCCGUGGUUUCAACAGAGGAGGAAUGCUGCUGGAGAGCUCGGCCUGUCGGCAUUGCAACAAGUCACUGCGGCGUUUCGUAUGCUCGCGUACGAUACUCCUGCCGAUUCUCUCGAUGAGUGCCUCCGCCUAGGGGAGUCCACUAUCAUUGAGAGUAUGAGGCGGUUUGUACGAGCCGUGGUCGGGGUAUUCGGGGACGAGUACCUCCGUGCUCCAAACGAGGAGGACACGGCGCGCUUGAUUACUAUGAACGAGCGAAGAGGGUUCCCCGGGAUGCUCGGAAGCAUCGACUGUAUGCAUUGGAGGUGGAAGAACUGUCCGACAGCGUGGUCUGGUUCCUUCACGGGCCACGUGAACUUGCCGACGAUCAUUCUAGAGGCAGUGGCGUCACAGGACCUGUGGAUUUGGCAUGCUUUCUUCGGCAUGCCAGGAUCGCUAAACGACAUCAACGUUCUUCACCGCUCCCAUCUCCUCAACAAUCUUGCCGCUGGCGUGGCCCCCCAGGUCCAAUACUCCAUUAACGGACAUGCCUACACCAUGGGGUACUACCUUGCAGAUGGUAUCUAUCCGGAAUGGGCCACCUUCGUGAAGCCUAUUCCUUGUCCAGUUGGGAGGAAGCGGCAGCACUUCGUCGUUCAGCAGGCGGCGUUACGGAAGGAUGUCGAACGGGCCUUCGGGGUCCUGCAAGCCAGGUUUCCCAUAGUGAGGGGGGCUACGAGGAUAUGGGAUGAGGAAACACUGCACAACAUCAUGACCGCCUGCAUUAUCAUGCACAACAUGAUAAUCGAAGAUGAGAGACCCGAUGGGGACGUCGAACACGUGUACGACGGUGCUGGUGUUCCUGUUGAGCCAUCACGCAACCUAACACCCACACUAGAAGCAUUUGCACACCGGUAUGGGAUGAUAACUAGCAGGCAUGGGCAUCACCAACUCCAUGACGAUCUUGUCGAGCACCUAUGGCAGUUCCACGGAGUGGAGUAG